AUGAAUUAUUACAAAAACACCGGAAGUGUCUUGGCCACGUUCAAUAUGACACCCUUUCAACUCGAGGAUGUGUACCAAUCUGGUUCCGUGCCGCUGAUAACCUCUGAUGAUACCCCAGAGGGUACUAACAAAACUGAGGGAUCUGACCAGCCACUCAGCUCACUAAGAGCUGUCAAUCAACCUGAAACAACCGACACCCUCUCAAGAUCUCGGGCGCAAGGGAGAACCAUCCCUUUGGAUAAUCUAGGCGAAAAGGAUUUGAUCUGGGCAGCAACAGUACAAGUGGGCAGUCCACCCAAGACCUUUCUUGUCUCAGUAGACACCGGUUCCUCGGAUUUUUUCUUGGCCUCGAAUAGAUGUCCAACUGCACAAUGUGCUAGGAAGAACAUCUACGUACCCCAACAUUCGUCACACGCCCGGCCAACCAACAAAUCUUACACAAUCUCAUUUGGAGACGGAAGUUCUGUCAAGGCUGAUCUGAUGAUUGAUUCUGUCACCAUCGGUGACUUCACCCUUCCGAACAUUGGUGUCGGAGCCGUCACCCAAUUAAGCUCCCAAUUUCAAAGCUCAACCGGCGACACCUCCGAUGGGCUUAUGGGAUUUGGUUUCCCGAGUCUUUCGCAAAGCAAGGCCACUCCUUUCUUCACCGCGCUCACCAAAGCAAAUGGUCAACAAGGCGUUAUGGGCUCCAGGUUUUCACGAAAAAGUGACAGAGGCUCUGAAAUUACGAUUGGUGGUGUCAACCCCGCAGCCUUUGUAGGAUCCUUUACCACCUUGAAUGUCAUGGCGAUGGAAGGCCAUCCACCAGCGUUCUGGGACGUCAGUUUCGAUGGAGCCAUUGUGAACGGUCAACCUCUGAAAUUGUCGUCAAAAAUUGCGACCAUUGACACAGGAACCAGUGUGAUAGGUGUACCUCUGGAAGACGCACAAGCAAUAUACGCUUCAGUACCUGGAGCAAUGUCAUCAAAAGGUGGUCAAUUUACCUUUCCUUGCGAAUCUAUGCCCUUCGUCUCCAUGGUAUUUGGCGGUCGGAGAUUUGACAUUAAUCCAUUAGAUAGUGCGUGA